UUGGAGUCAUGGACCAGAAAAGUACGACCUGCUUGGAGGCACUAGCCAAGUUAAGUCAACAACGAGAACACCAAACAACACCAGCCACUUUAUGUUCCUCGGAGCACUUUUUUGCCAACGAAACCAUUUAUUCGGAUGCAACGUUUCUUUCAACUACUGAAGAAGCAUUUAUUUCGUCCCCUUCUUCUUCGACACAAGGACCGAAACCUGGAUUGAAAAGGGUUUCUACAGGACCUAUGACCCGUAUUUUGGAAGGUUGCCAAAAUGACAAACCUAAUUCACCAGAGUUGGAAAGAGUGGAAGAAGCCGAAGAUAACUACUCUGGAACAAGUAGCGAGGAAGCUUUUUCUCAAGGCAUUCCUUAUCCUCACCAAGUAGGUGGCCAUGGCGCACUCUCGAGUUUUGAAAGAGGCCGUGUUUUGAAACCUGCUGCAAAGAAGGAAAUAGACUUUUAUAACUUCAUUUAUAGUGACAACUUGCCUUCAGAGCUUGAAUGGCUUCGUACAGUAACUCCCAAGUAUUUUGGUCAACGUAAGACCCAAGCAAAGGCAAAGAGAAUACUGGAAAACCAAGUGACGCCCUUUUCACAGACCUCUUCGGUGCCUGUGAAUACGGUUCUACACAUAGACAGGAAAGAUAGUGAGAGAAAUAUUUGGAAAGACCAAGUAGGAGAGCUGGUCAUGGACACCAAUCCUUGGGCGAGAGCUUGUUUAUUGAAAGAGCUACAAAAGGAAGACGAAGUCAAGUCGUUUAUUAUUCUUGAAGACCUCACUUGUCAUUUGAAGAAGCCCUGUGUUUUGGACUGUAAGAUGGGUACAAGACAUUACGAUGAUGAUGCUACUGAAGAAAAGAAGAAAGCACAUAUAGAAAAAGCAACAAAAACGACCUCAUCUUCUACUGGAAUUCGUUUUACAGGCAUGCAAGUGUAUAAACUGCCAUCGCAUACUUUUUUAUUUCAUGACAAAUACUACGGCCGUCAGUUGAAGUCUCAUGAGUUGAAGAAUGAACUUUUUGAAUUUUUUCAUAAUGGAGUACUUUUGCGAGUUGAUAUCAUUGAACAGUUUCUUUCAAAGCUUCAAUGGCUUUAUCAACAUUUGGAGAACCAACAUUAUUUUAAUUUUUAUUCCUCCUCCUUACUAUUUGUAUAUGAAGGUGAUGAGAUGGCUACCUGUCCUAUUUCGGAUGUGCGAAUGAUUGAUUUUGCACAUACACAACGUUGUGUUGAAGAGCAGCAGAAUGAUGGUUAUUUGUUUGGGUUAAGUAACUUGAUUCAUUUGAUGAAGUCCUUGUUAGAGGAUGAAAGAAAUGAAAUGAGGUGACUUGGGUUGAUGAAAAGUGAUCGGUUCAUAUGAAAUAGUCGGGGUAAUUGGAAUAUUUCAACGAGUGCUUCUUUCCUACUUUUGCGAAUAUACAGUGUUGAAGGAAA